AUGUUUAAUGGAUACAGCAACACUUCCUCAAACGACGGAUGGACUAUGGAUAAAGCAAACGCCCUCGCCGCCCUUUGCGAGAAUUACCCCCUACAAGAUGCUAAGAAAGCGCUCGACUUUGUUGGGUUCGCGAGGAAGCACCUCUCGGGCAUUCCAGGCGCAUUCGAUCAGUUCUUCGACGCGUUGCAGUCGCUUCGGGAAGGCCACCUGAAGCUGCAAGAUGUGCUCAUUCUUCUGAUGAUCAAGUGCUCCAGUGCUCCUUUUGUUCUUCUGGAGUUCAAUCAAUUCCUUCCGCGGGAAUAUUCGUAUAGGUAUCUCACCGUGGCACAGACCAUUGAACUUAUUACGCCUACGAAGACUGUGCAUUGCCCGGCUGCCGUUCAGAUGUAA